AUGGCACGUCGCUUCUUCGGCAUGGGCGCGUCACCUGCUGCAGUGGCGGUGGCCGACGCCGCGCCCAGCUGGGAGGAUCUGAAAGCCCGGCUGGACAGCGAAGCGCCACCGGAACUGAAGGACUUUCGAAGCGGCCUGGCCAAAGGGGAAGUGGCCAAUGCCAUGGCCAACUUGCGCGUCUUUGACAAGGACGCCGAGACGGCACAGAAGGUGACGUUGUACCGAGACUCGGCCUCCUGGUGCCCCUACUGCCAUAAGGUCUGGAUGCUCUUGGAAGAGAAGCAAAUCCCGUACAACGUGAAACGGGUGAACAUGGCAUGCUACGGUCAGAAGCCGCCCGAUUUCUUAGCCUUGCAGCCCAAUGGGCAAAUCCCCGUGGCAGUGAUCGAUGGCACCGUGCUGAGGUCCUCAGAUGCCAUCAUCGAUCGUAUUCUACAAAUGCCCGGUGCCAGCCCUGAGAUUGACCAAGAGUUGGAUCCCUUUGACCACCCGCAAAGCACGAACCUGCUGCGCUUGGAACGCGUGUUGUUCUCGACCUGGUUGGGUUGGCUCUGCCGCGGUGGUGGAAGAUCUGACUUCGAACGAACGCUUCGCAAGGUGGAAGAUACCCUGAGCGAAAAUGGUGGCCCCUUCUUUUUGGGCGAGCGCUUUUCUCUGGUGGACAUCAUGUACACUCCUUUCAUCGAACGGGCAGUAGCAUCGCUGGCUUACUUCAAGGGCUACAACAUCCGGGAGAAGUUGAUGUUUCCUGCCAUCAACCGAUGGUUCGACGCCAUGGAGACGCGCAGCAGCUAUCGUGCCACCAAGUCGGAUUACUACACCCAUGCCCACGACCUUCCGCCUCAGCUGGGAGGAUGUCAAUCUGAGUCAGGUGGAGAGUCAGUGCGGAAAGCCAUCGAUGGUGGAGACUGGCAGUUACCGCUGGCCAAGUCCAUUGAGCCCGAAUGGUCUUGGAUCUCGGCCAGGGACGCCCGCCUAGAGGCGGCGGAACGCAUCAUCCACAACCACGAGGCCGUGGCACGCUUCGCGGCGCGCGCCAAGAGUGGUCCAGGCUUUCCACCCGCCUGGGCGGAAUUGGCAGAUCCCAAUGCCCAAGCUGCCGAGAAGUGGGUUCCCAUCAUGGAUGUUUUCCUGCGCCAUGCGGUGAACCUGCUGAUGGCCGGCGAUGCAGCCGCCGCGGAUCGCGACGAAAGCACCGUGGAGCGCGCUGCAGCCUGGGCUGCGGCAGAGGAGUCCCUGAAGUCGCUGAAGCGCGAAGAUCGUGAGGAUUUGGCCGAAUGCUUGAGAUAUUUGCAGCAGAGAGUAGGUGUGCCACGGGACAUGUCGCUGAACGCUGCGCGGCGUCUGCGGGCGGAGCUGGGCAAACUGGCCACCUGA